CAUUGUCUUUUGUUCUUGUCACAACCAUGACUAGAAGAAAAGUUAAACUUGCCUUCAUUGUGAAUGAUGCUGCAAGGAAAGCAACAUACAAGAAAAGAAAGAAGGGUCUAUUGAAAAAGGUUGCUGAACUUAGCACCCUUUGUGGAAUCGAUGCAUGUGCCAUGGUUUAUGGCCCUUAUGAGCUUCAACCUGAGAUUUGGCCAUCACCAGAAGGGGUCCAAUCUGUGCUCUCAAAAUUCAUGGCACUGCACGAGUUCCAAAAGUGCAAGAAAAUGAUGAACCAAGAAACUUUCUUGACACAAAGUGUUUUGAAGGCUGAAGAGAAACUAAAGAAACAAAGAAAAGAAAAUAGGGAACAAGAGAUGACAAUAAUCAUGUCUCAAUGUCUCAAUGAAGGUAGAGUUGUGCACGACAAUAUGUCAACAAUGGAUAUGAGUUAUCUUGCUUGGUUGAUUGACCAUAAAUUGAAGGACGUUGCUAGACGUUUGGAAGCAUGGGAUAACAAUGAUCAAAAUCAAAUCAUGGCUAUUCAAAACAAAGUCCAACUCGAAAUGGCGGCAACAGUACCACCACCACCACCUCUAGCACCAUCUAUUAAUAAUGAUGACAUUAUGCAAAGUCAAUUAUUGAUGGACUCAAUGGUGGCUGGUAAUGUGACAGAGACAGUGCCAUUUGGUGAGGUCAAUUCUGGAGUCUGGUCUGAUUUACUUCCUUGAAAGAAAUCAUGUAUUUUUUUUUCCAUUUAUUUUAGUAGUGAUUUGAGC